AUGGAUGUCGUGCCAGCUGAGUCGCAGUUUGCCACCAAAGUGGUGGUAACAUGGUUUCCUUUGUUCGUUGGUUACGGCGUCUACUUGAACGCCAGCCUUGGAAAGGCUUCUGGAAAUUUUGAGCCCAUGAACGAGGACAGUGAUGAGCUGGACAGUAUGGGAGGAAUCACAAGCGUGGAUGGAAUGAGCAGCGUAGAGACAAGCUCUGGUGACUUUUAUAGCGAUGAAGAUGGAGUUGAGAUCGUUGGAGGUCAACCAGCCUUCUCGCUGAAGGUUUGCGAGAUGCUCACGUUGUUGCACCACGCGAACUACGAAGAGUAUGAAGGUGCCAGCAACAUGCUGCACAUGGUGGAUGAUCUGUCUGCAGAUGAGGACUCCCCAAAUGGUUGA